AUGCUGUCUACGAAUAACUCCCAAAGACUCGACCCGAUGGCGGAAAGCACCAAAAACGUCUCCGCUGAAGGGACCUCACCACGUGCAGCCACUACAGCACAUUCAGAAUCAUCAAUAGCAGAGAAGAAUAAAAUAGACCCAUGGAUUGCUUCGCAGCACUAUUAUCAUGGAUAUCUACCACGUGAAGACAUCCCGUCGAUAUUGACAAAACAUGGAGAUUUUUUAGUGCGAUCGACUGAGACAUUUUACACUACAAAGUCAAACGAAGUGCGACGGAAGAUCUCCCCAAUAAUUUGUGUAAUGUUCGAUCCAGAUGAUUCGUACACGAAAGCGACAGAGUCCGAACGACUUGAAAUGAUUCGAAACCUCAUGAUUCAUGUGAAAUCGGGCAAAACGUACGUUGAUCCAAAGCAUAAGUUUGAAUCUGUUGCCGAUAUGUUUGAACAUCAUCAGAAGAACACUUUCACUGUUAACGAUAAGGAAUUAAUACUGACUCGUGGUAUCGGUUUAACGAAUUGGGAAUUUCAACACAAGAAUGUAAAAGUUGGAAAAAGCAUCGGAAGAGGACAAUAUGGAGAGGUGAAGAGAGCAAAACUUACACUAAAAAACGGAAAUGUCGUUAAUGCUGCAGUCAAAUCGAUCAAAACGGACGCUGAAAUUUCGAAAGAGAUAAUAAAAGAAGUGAUGAAAGAAGCUAGGCUUAUGCGGGGUCUUCGUCAUCCAAAUGUGGUAAAACUUUAUGGAGUAGGAGUGCUUGAACGUCCCCUUUAUAUACUUCUAGAAUACGUUGCUGGAGGAUCUCUAAAAACUUAUCUGAAGAAAAACAAGCAAUCAAUCAGCAUAGAUGAAAGGGUUCAAAUGGCUCUUGGAGCAGCAUGGGGGAUAGAUUACUUACACAAGGCGAAGAUACUGCACAGAGAUAUAGCUGCCAGAAAUUGUCUCUAUGAUCACGACUCUGCGGUGAAAAUAUCCGACUUCGGGCUUUCACGUAAUGGCGUCGUUUACAAAAUGAAGUCCGCAAAGAAAAUGCCUGUCCGCUGGAUGGCUCCCGAGAGCAUAACAACGUACAAUUUCUCUCAAAAGAGCGACGUGUACUCGUUCGGAGUACUUGUUUACGAGAUAUUUUCUGCUCAGGACCCAUACGGAGAAGUUGCAGCUGCAGUGGCCCGGAAAAAGAUCAUUGAAGGCGAAACGAACAAUUUUCCUAAGGAGACGCCUAAGGAGGUGGUUGAUUUUGUGAAGGAGAAAAUGUGGCAUAAAGAACCUGAUAAGAGAGCGGACAUGGAGAAAAUCGUCGAUUGGCUCGAACAAUAUUCUGGUCUUGCUGCAAAUCAAAAAGAUAAUGUUGAUUUUAGCACUCCCAAGGACCCGAAACUGAAAUCGACUAAUAAGUCUAUGGUAAAAACUUCUCUCUCAAACGAAAAACAUCGUGCGUUUGCAAGUUUGCGAAGAAAGAAUAAAAACUACGAACGACCAAAAAAGACGGAAGUUUCUCAAGACGCUGACGAAACGCGUACGAGAGCUACAGUGACUUUCAAGAAUCAAAAACUAACUCAAAAACUCUUAAAUAUUGUAUUCAUAGGAGUGCUGUUUCUUUUUAACACAAGGCUUGACGAAGCCAACAAUACCCAAGCCGAUGGCACUAAUUUAAUUAUUUAA